CCGGGAGGAGCGCGGCGCCGGGGCCUCCAGACACAAAGAGCGGCGGCGGGACGCGGCUGGGAGGCGAGCGCCCGCCCGGCGAUCUCGUCCUGUCUGCGUGCGGGCGGAACCGGAGGCGCCCCGACCCCCAGAACAAAGUCAUCCUGGUUCUUUGAGCCACUGAAGGAGGACGGGCUCCCUGGGACACAUCGCUGGCCUCUCCCAUCAAGGUGGACCUGACUUCCUCCAGCCUCAUGUAAACCAAGAGGACCUGGUGCCCUUUCCCACCAGCCAGCCCCUGCCCAGACCUGGGCCACGCUGCCCGGCUCGUCGGGGCUGGGAGAGCGGCAGUAGGAGAGGCCGGCAGCCUGCGAUGGGAUGGCCCAGGAGGGAGAGGGCCACCACGUGUCGCAGCUCAGGGCCGUCUACAGCAGCUGCGACACCACGGGAACCGGCUUCCUGGACCGGGAAGAGCUGAUCCAAGUCUGCCGGAAGCUUCAUCUGGAAAAGCAACUGCCCGUCCUCCUGCAAACACUUCUUGGAAACGACCACUUUGCCAGGGUUAACUUUGAGGAGUUUAAGGACGGUUUCGUGGCAGUGUUGUCAUCACAGGCUGGUGUCGGCUCCUUGGACGAAGACAGUGGGUCUUUGGAAUCAGCUCCCCCCUGUGCUGUCCCACCGAAGUACGUGAGCGGCUCUAAGAGGUACGGCCGUUGGAGUUGGCCCGAGCCCUGCGACCUCACAGGUAGGGCCAAGUGUGUCCUGGAGCAGCCGGCCAGGCCCAGCGCCAGGAGCCAUUUCUGCUGCUCUGCGUCCCUGGAAAGUGUGGAGAGUCUCAAGUCAGAUGAAGAAGCCGAAAGUGCAAAGGAGCCUCAGAAUGAGGUGUUUGAAGCUCAAGGUCAGCUGCCAGCCUGGUGUUCUGAGGUCUCCGGGAGUCCCCGAAAGUCUGGCAGCCCCUCCCUCGACACCCCCGAGAGCCGAGUCCGGGACAUCUGGGAAGCGCUGGGUGUCGGCCGCAGUGGCCACCUCACCGAGCAGGAGCUGGCCGUGGUCUGCCAGAGCGUCGGGCUCCAGGGACUGGGGAAGGAGGAACUUGAGGACCUGUUCAGCAAGCUGGACCGAGAUGGGGAUGGCAGAGUGAGCCUGGAGGAGUUCCAGCUUGGCCUGUGCGAGCACCGUUCCCCUGCACUUCCGGAAUCUUCUCCUGUCAAUCUGAGUGGCUCCUGGUCUCGUUACCAGGUCCCAGAGGAGGGCGGCGGCCAGACCACAACGUCGUCCCUGGUGUCCGUGUGCUCCGGCCCGCGCCUGUUCUGCAGCGUGGAUGACGGCUCGGGCUUUGCCUCCCCGGAGCAGAUUGUCGCCCUGUGGGCCCAGGAGGGGGUUCACAACGGCAGGGAGGUCUUGCAGAGCCUCGACUUCAGUGUGGACGAGAAGGUGAACCUUUUGGAGCUGACGUGGGCCCUGGAGAACGAGCUCAUGAUGGUGGACGGAGCCGCUCAGCAGGCGGCCUUGGCCUGUUACCGCCAGGAGCUGAGCUUCUGCCAGGGCCAGGUGGAGCAGAUGGCCAGGGAGCGAGACAAGGCCAGGCAGGACCUGGAGAGGGUGGAGAAGAGGAACCUGGACUUUGUGAAGGAGAUGGACGACUACCACGCCGCCCUGGAGCAGCUCGCGGAGCAGAAGAUCAAACACCUGGAGCAGGGGUGCAGGGGGAGGCUGAGCCUGCUGCGGUCCGAGCUGGAGGUGGAGCGCGAGCUCUUCUGGGAGCAGGCCCACCGGCAGGGGGCUGCGCUGGAGGAGGACCUGCGGAGGCUGCGGGCUGAGGAGGCUGGCCUCCGCGAGAAGCUGACCCUGGCCCUGAAGGAAAACAGUCGGUUGCAGAAGGAGAUCGUUGAAGUCGUAGGGAAGCUCUCGGAGUCAGAGAAGCUGGUCCUGAAGCUGCAGAACGAUCUGGAGUUUGUGCUGAAGGAAAAGCUGGAGCCACAGAGCACGGAGCUCCUGGCCCAGGAGGAGCGGUUCUCAGAGGUCCUGAAGGAGCACGAACUCAAGUGCCGGGAUCUGCAGGACCGGAACGACGAGCUGCAGGCCGCACUGGAAGGCCUGCGGGCGCGGCUGCCCCUGAGUCGGCCCAGCCAGCCCCACGCACAGCCAGACGGCCAGCUGUCCCCUGGACACCGCCCAGCAGGCCUCGUUGCAUUUGUGGGCCAGUCCGCUCCAGUGAGUAUAGAAACGGAGAUAAUGUUGGAGCAGGUGAAGGAACGCUACCUGGACCUCGAGGUCCAGCUGGAGGCCAAGGUGAGCGCCUACGAAAGGGAAGUGGAGGUGAUGAGAAGGGGCUUUGCGGAGCAGAGACAGGAACUGGAGCAGGCCUUCCAGCUGGAGCGCAGCGUGCUGCAGGGCCAGAAGGCCGAGCUGGCCAGGCUGCAUGCGGACUCGCAGGCGGUCAUCCGCGGCCUGCGGGCCGGGCUGCAGAGGAGGGCAGAGCUGGAGCAGCGGCUGACGCAGGACAGGGACCGGCUGCAGGACGCGCUUCGGCGACUCAGAAUCGAGUUGGAUAAGCUUUCUGAAGAAAACGCGUUUUUGAAGGAGGAGCGGGGAAGGGUCCAGCAAGAGCUGGAAGCUGCAGAAAGGACAGAAGGGGCACAGAGGAAGGAAAUCGAGGUUUUACGGAGAGACAAGGAGAAGGCCUGCUCCGAGGCGGAGGAGCUCAGCACACAGAGUCAGAGAUGCAAGGAUGAACUGUCCCAGCUCAACCUGAGGGUCCUGCAGCUGGGAGAGGAGGCCUCUACCCACCAGGCCCAAAACAAGAAGAAUCACGUCACCAUUCAGCUGUUGACGCAGAGACUGGAAGAGGCAGCGCACCGGGAGGGGCUGCAGGGUGACCAAAUCCAAAAACUUGGUCUUGAACUUGAACACAUGACUCGGGAAUGCCAGCGCCUGAGACGGGUGCAGUCACAGCUGAGAGAGGCCCUUGAAGCAAGCCGGGACCAGCUGCACGGAGCCAUGCUGAGGCUGCGCCGGGCCCGGGCGCACUCUCAGCAGCUGGUGCCUUGGGGACACGUGGUGGAGCUGCAGCAGCUGCUGGACAGGGAGCAGCAGGCAGCUCUGCGGCCCCGGGCCGAGGGGAGGCGACUGGAGGCGCAGCAGGAAGCUCACGAGAACCCGCUGAGAGCUGCAGAAGAGCGGGGGGCCCAGGUGGAGGGGAUUCUCAAGAACGUGGAGCUGCUUCUGCAGGAGCAAGUGAGCGAGCGGAAGGUGCAGCACCUCUCCCCUCGCCUCUCAGCUGAGAUUCCUGCUUGUGUCAGUGGAGGACCAGACUCGUGCAGAGAAGAUUUGAAAAGAACACGAAGUCUGACCUGCUGCUCAAGGACCUUUACGUGGAAAAUGCUCACCUGAUGAAAGCACUUCAGGUCACUGAAGAGAAGCAACGAGGUGCCGAGAGAAAAACCCGGUUCCUGGAGGAAAAAGUUAGAGCGCUCAACAAACUCAUCAGUAAGGUGGCGUCAGCGUCCCUCUCUGUGUAAGGACGGCUUUUGCUCCUGGAAUUCAUUUCGGAGGAACAUCCUUUAAAAGUAAGCCCCGUGAUGGCUUGCUGGCCGUGCACCCCUGGACGGGUGAGGACUGUGGUUCCUCGUUUGCCACAGACAUCCGAUGAAGGUCUGCUGGGCCAGAUGCAGGGAAAACACGCUGGAAGAGACCACGUGCUUUUAGGGGUCGUGGGUAAUUUCCGUUUCCACCUCCGUCAGGUAGAAGUGCUGAUGCUGCUGUUCCCGGUGAAGCCGACUGUGGGCUCUCAGCAAGGCAGAUGGUGCAGUGAAGCCACAUCAGUGCUGACUGCUGACCCCGGCUGUAGAGACUGAGGGCAGCGGCAGCGCCCUGUGCAGUCUGAGCGUCACUGCUCAGCUUCAGCCGUUAGCACCUCGAGGGCAGCUCCAUGGAGGCUCCAGAAGGGCAGUGGGGGUGGAGGAGGGGAAGGCUCUUCCUCAGGGCCUGCUCCCCGGGGGAGGUGCAGACAGUGCUUAGUUUAGGGCUGAGGACUCAGGGAGGGUGGUGUCUGUUGUGGAUGCAAUCUUAUCCUCAGUGACAGGUCGUCACACUGGAAAGUGUAUUAUAUGUUUAAAAAAAGGUAUAGUUUUAUAUGCAAAAAUAUACAUAAAUUAUGGUCAUUUGGUUUAUCAUAAGAAGCUACUGUAAUAUGAAGUCACUGUAUUUGUAAUAAAGUCCUUUUCUCUUAAAACUGAUUAAA